GCGCUUUCAAUAGUUUGGUCAUGUAACAUAUUGUGAAUGAACGCUAUCGAAAGUUCAUAAUCUUAAUUUCAUAAAAUGAUAGUGUUCCAAGCAUUUUCAAGAAUUCGGCCACUUUUGUCGAUUAAACCAGUAACAACAAGCCCAUCUGAUGCCGCUAAGGAAUUGGUUAGAGGAUAUCAGUGGAGGAAGCGGUGGCGAACUUCCAGUUGCAGUUCCGAUGUCGGGGACACCGCCGUCAAGAGGUGCAAGCGAAUCCUACUCAUUGCCAUGCGGGGAAGUUCGGGGCAGACGUUCUCUGAGCACAUCGCUACAAUCUUCAGUCUUCUCACCCGUCAGUGCAAUGUGUAUGCCGCUCAAAGAUUGAGAAGACUUGAACAGAUGAUGCUCUUGUACCGAUCAAUUUAUUCAGAGCGAUCACUCCAGUCUCUUGCCGUUGGCUUUGCCAGAAGAUAUCUCAAAGGAAGGCGAUGGAAUUAUGUGAUGUUUGGCGGUGCACUUUUUGCAUUGGAUCAGGAAAGAAUCACCAAUCAGCAAAUAGAUGGUUGCCUAGAUGAUGUGGAUCUUAUCAGGAUCUUGAGAUCGGACCCAAACCCGGACCUGCCGCAGUUAAGAUCUUGGGAGAAGGUCAUGUGUAAGUCAGAGAUGAUGGUCUGGAGGAGGAAAAUGGAUUGCGAUUUCCUUUAUGAAUACAAAGUGUUUGGAUCAUUUGCUGACUGUACGGCCAAGUCUUUUUUCAAGGUUCAGACGGACUUGGAUUACAGAAAGGUGUGGGAUAAGCAUGUCAUUGAAACAGGAGUCAUCGACCAGGAUAAAGAGACAGGAACCGAAGUUGUGUAUUGGUCUACACAUUUUCCAUUUCCAAUGAGCAGCCGAGACUAUGUGUUCGCUCGUCGCACCAAGAUCUUCCAUCGUCACCGUGUCAUGGUCAUAUACUCCAAGGCUACCGAUCACCCGAGGAAACCAGAGACGAAGCGUCACGUACGAGUCACAAGAUUCUGCUCCAGGAUGGUCAUCAAGCCUUUCACCAGCUUUGAUGAGAAUGGAUUUGACUACAUGGUCACCUACUAUGAUGACCCCAAGGCUCCUAUACCAUCUACUGCAAUGAACUGGAUGGCAACUACUGGUGUACCAGACUUCAUGCACAGGGUGCACAAUGCUGCCCUUGCUUUGGAUGCCAUGCCAGCCACCAACUUCAAGGACAUGAAGAGCGAUCAGCAAAUCACCACCAGUGACUCCAGCUGCUACAGUUGAAAGAUGAAGACUGAGGGAUAAAACAGUUCCAUCAGUCUCAAAGAUGCCCCUUUGGAGCAGAGCCUCCCAUUGAAACCCUUUAACCAGUUGACUACUGGAACCAGGUUUUCCCUGUGCAAAUCCAAUGGGACGUCCAGAAAUCAGUAGUUGACGGGUUAAAAGGAUUGGGUUAAUGUCAAGGAGGAUGGGGGCUUGGGUUGUUUCAUAAAGCUGUUCGAAAAUUUCUGGGGACUUUGUGAAUGACUGGAAGCUUGAAUUGGCCCACCCUAAGUUGAAGAUUUAGAGCAACUUGUGUGUGACUAGGGAUUGAAAGUUAUGCUGAGUUUGAUAUUAAGAAAUUUGAUUAGAACCAGUUAUCAAGUGCUAGUUAACAUUCAUACCUACAUAUAUGUCAUGGCACAUAUGUUAUUUGACACAAUUCAGGUGAGACAAUAAGAAAUAUAGACAUACUUUGUCAACACAGGAAGAAAAUUUGGGGCUCACAUAUUUGCUCUUCAUAUUCUAGUCAUUCAUAGUCUCUUGUAACUUUACACUCAGCUUAAUGAAACAAACCCACGGGAGCUGUUUCAUAAUGCUGCUGUCAUAUUUCCCCUACGUCAAGUCGAAAACAGUCGUUUUAACCAUUUUUGUACCAGCUACAUAUGGGUGGUUUGAAUAAAAUUAGAUAAAAUAGCUGUUAUUUUACUAGCCGUAUGGUGGCCAUAGGGGAAAUGUGACUGCUGCAUAAGGAUUUAAGUUGUAUUUUAAGUCAUGGUGUGUGUAAUUGCCUUUGCACCAAAUGCACAUGGUAGUUAGUACACAAAUAAUACACAUCAGCUUGGGCAUUAGGGCAUUAGUACGAGUUAUCUGCACAAGAUGCAAUUGGAUUUGGAAUGAUGAAUUCUAGCAUGCUCGAGGCAUAGCAUAGUUUUGAAGGUACCGAUUGUUGGUGAUUAUAGCAAUUCCCUAGCAAAGUGGUGUCUAUUAAUUGUUUUGUAAGAGAGUAAUGUGGAUUUUGGUUAUUUUAUAAACCAUCUUCUCUGCAAGACCAUGACUGGUCAUUAAUUAUGACCUCCUGUCACCACAGAAAAUUUACAUAAAAUAAACAUCUGAUCAAGUGUGUUCCACAGAAAUCAUUUGAUUAGGGUUCGUUGACAGACCUACCCGAUGCUGCGUAUACCCGGGUAUGAUCUGACAGAGAUACGAUUGCUUGACAUGUUUUUGAAUACGACUGUUGGAUGACCUGAUGAAAAUGAUUUGUUGAGCAGCUACAUGCUUAUUGACUUUAACGAUAAAAUGUGUAUCCAUACAUAAUAGAAUAUCGUUCAAAAAUGAUAUAUCAUUUCAAUUAUGUACAAUUUAUGUAGGAUGCUUAAAACAAAUGGAUGUAUAGAAUCCACAGAUUAUAGUUUGUUCAACAUAAGAGCAUGCACGAAAUGUUGAUUAUACGACUUGCAGCUGUGACUGUAUUUGCAACUCUUUAAUUUAGGAGAUUGGGUGGUCCUUUUCAGGACCAACAUAUGCCCAAGAAAGAUACAUGGUGUACCGUGAAACCUACUACACUAUUCUUCUUCGCCAUGGAAACCUUCAGAAAUUAUAUCUUUAAUUUAGCUCUUCAAGAAACAUCCCCUGGUUUAGAAAGACCAGCAUUUUUUUAUAUUUUGGAUGGUCUUUGUAAUUGGGUUUAAUUGUAGUCUGGAUAUGUUUGCUGUCAGAAAAUCAAACCCUAUGAAUUUUUGUUUUCAAGGAUGAGAACUGGGAAAUAUCACAUACAACAAGGCAAACUUGAUUUUAUAUAACUUAUUAUUAAUAUGCUGUGCAUAACCUCAAAGGAGCAAUGGAUGAUUAUUUACUAAUUCAAUUGGUUUUGAUGUUUACAUUAUGAAAACACCCAACACCCAUCUUUCAUUCCAGGGAUGCUGUGCGAAAGUAUUUCAAAGGCAAUACACUCAAAAUAUGCCAGUCAUCAUAAUAUAUAAGAUACAUUAAAACCCAUUGAUGAAGAUCACCCAAUGGAGACCAGAAAAAUGGUCUUUACGAGCAGGAUGUCUAUCUGGACACGUUUCUGUAAUACAUCAUUAAAUGGGAAAUCCUGGGCAUCGUCUUACAAAGAGUUGCGAUUGAUCCGAUCUUACUCAAGUAUAUGGAAAUCCAUCAAUGUCAUAAUUUCUACUAAAAGGAAAUUUGCACAAUGUCCCUGUGAAUAUAAGAAGCAUACAUAAUUUUCAAGAAAACAAUGAAUGUAUGAAUAAACAGCGUAUCUAGAAAACAGUUUGAACAAACAUGCAUUUUAGAUGUUGGCACUGCUGGCUUUCCAUAGUUGUGGUUGAUCGGAUCAAUCUCUUUAUAAGACAAGGGCCUGGAAUGCAAUUCAAUACAGGUUCUACUGCACAGGCGGUUGAUGAACAGUUUUGGUGUGUAAAGAUGUUGACUCAUUGUAUAUGCAAGACCUGUAUCUUCCAGCUAAAUGCCCAUGGCAUCACCUUCAGCUUAUGAAGACAAGUGGUGAGAAACCAUAUAAAUGUCAAACAUCUUAAAAGAAAGGAAUUUCUGGACUUACAAAAUGAUUCAAAAAGGCUUAAGGACACUAGAAAUGACUAUAUCACUAAAUUUGUUAAACCAAACAUUAGAUCAUGUACAUGGUGUACUUACUGUGAAGGCAGUGUGUCAUCCAUGUAUUCUGCUGAAGAUUUACUUUCAUAUUCAAACUGCAUUAGUGUGCUGAUACAAGCUUUUUCUAUCAAGGUUUGGACGUUGCUGAAUAUAAAGUAGCUCAAAUGUUCUUUCUUCAUUCUGUGAAUAUCUUGUAAACUAUUCUCAUUUUUUCUCCUUUAAAUAACUUGUAUUGAAAUUGGUCAUCAUUAACUUAUUUUUUUAAUGAAUGAAAAGUGUGAGAGAACAUAAGGAACAACUUCAAUCUUUAAUAAGAAUAUGUCCCCAUGGAGCGUGUAUGCUGAAUCUGUUUUUGAUAUUUUUAUAAAAUUUAUUCCAACCAUCAAAAAUUAAAAACCCUCGGAUAUAUCACAAAUCGCAGAACUAAGGAACGUGACUACGUGAGCAUUAUGAUAUUAGCUGUUAAACCAUGUGCUGGAAAUCACAGUUUUCAUCAAGUGGCACUAGUUUUAUGAUGGGGUAUGGCUAGAUUUACCCCACACUCACAGCUAACUGUUAGUCCUUAAAAAGAAUUUAAGAUGUAAAUCUUGAAGUCAAAACUAUAGACUUUUGCAUCGGUCCUUUAGAAUGAUUCAUUCCCUUUUUACAUUGAUUUUCCACACAUUAAACACCUUAUAUGGUAUUGACUGGAUUCAUGAUGGCCUCCUGCAAUAUUGCAGUUAAUGCCGCAGAUUCUUUAACAAACACCUUUGGAUUGUUUCAUGAUUGUUAACUUAAUAUGAUUGCAAUAUUGCUCAUAAUGUCUGCAAAUGUACAUAUGGCAUUAGCUAAGUGAUUGUGCUUUGUAUCCUCUGGCAAAAAGCGCUAUAUAAAUCCAGCUAUCAUUAUCAAUGAAAAAUUUGUUUCACAAAGUUCUAUUUCGCAAAAAAAAAAACACCACAAGAUUAGACGUCCCAGUCAAGACUGUCAUACAGGCACAUGAACUCAACUGAAGGUUAGAAAACUAUAUGCAUUGGUAGAAUUUUGAAGCUGUUGUAUUAUUUCAAAUCCUUUUUUUAUGUUGAGCUGUGAAUCUAUUCUUAUAUUAAGAACAGAAAUUCAAAGAAAUCUAAUUCAGAAUAUGUACUGAAAAAACAGUAUUAUACAACCGUAUGCUUGGGUGUGAGACAGAUGUAUAUUAACCAUGUCGCUUUCCCCAUGCAUACCGAUACAUUGUGUUUUGGUUUUCAGUCACAUUGCUAAGCUGAUUGGAAUCUUAGUUAAACAUUUUAUUUUUCAUUUUAUAUAUUUUUAUCUAUUUCUUUAUAUUUAUGUACCUUUUUAUUGCAGGGGGACUCUAACUUUGAUUUCCGUAAAGAUAGUGCAUUACAAGGGCAUACACAUUUUGUAUUCAUAUUAAACCGGAGCAAAAAAUACAACAUCGUUUUCCAAGUAACAUGAACUGUUUUAUAAAAGCAACUUUAAUAAUUUCCAUUAUUUUUUUAUUUUUUAUUUCUUGCUUUGAUUGUCUUCACAGUCUUAUUUGGAACAUUAAGCAUUACUAUUAGUCCCUCACAUGAUAAUGUGAUUUUUGUGAAUUUUGCCAUUUGGUAUUUGAUGAAAAUAAUAUUUAUGAUAAUUUCAAGUAUGAUCGUAUGGUACCUGCCUGUUUUUCUAUCAUAUUUACAUUUAUCUGUGUGCCGACACAAAAACUAAGGCUCUUUAAAAAAAAAAUUCUUCAGUAGAGCAAAGCUUAAUUAAGAUGAGUUUCUCCAUUUAUUUUACAAAAUUUGAUGUUGAGCAUUUUGUGUAUUUCGUAUUAUGUACAUGUGACAAAAAAGUUUACAUGUACUGAUUUGUAAAAUACUAUUAAAUUUGAAGAGUUUGAGUGAUUCAGAUUGUAAAAUGCUGGAAUAAAGUUAAAUUCCUCUUCAAGUUCACACCCAAUUAAAUGAGAGGGAUUCUAAAUGUUCGGUUUGAUGAAAUUCAUAAAUUUAUGUAUUGCUUAUUACUUAAAAAUAAUCUGAUAAAUAUUUGCACAUUGCCAUGGAAACUUUAUGUGGAAAAUAUAAUUGAGUCUUUGAUAAAUUGAAAAAAAAAAGUAUAGCAAGUUCAGAAUUGUUAAAAUAAUAAACAUUAGAUAGGUCUAUUGUUUGACACGUGUGAUGCAUGACAUAGAUAUUGUACAAAAGUUCUUCUGCUAAUUAAAUAUGAACACGUUCUUGAAUUAUCAUGAAUAUGUCAGUUCAUGAUAGGAUAAUAUAGGUUUUCAUGGAACUGAAAUCGGUGAUUGAGAAUGAGAAACUCUGCAAUUACAUAUUUAGAUUGAAGAAAAUUUUAUGAAAAAUUGCAUUAAUAAAUAAAAGUGAAUUGUGAAAAUCAUUGUCUUGUCAAAAAAUAUUUAUUAAGUCUGCCUCUGGGUAGUCAAAGUAUAAUUUGCCAUGUUGGUUAAACAUCACUCAGAAUUUGUCUUGAAAGUGACAAUAUUGCUUAUUUGUUAUAAAUGGCUUGUUAACAGUGAUAAGCUGAUCAUUGUCAAUCCUCAUGAAGGAUUGAAGAGAAAUAUGUGAACUGUUGAUUGCUUUGUAUCCUAUAAUUGAAAUACCUGGUAUUUCUUGAACUUAAAUAAAAUAAAGUCAUUGAAUGAAUAA